AAGACCACGUUUGUCCAAUUUGUAGCUUGAUCAAACGUAGGAGUAAUACAAUAUAAUGUGUCCCACCAAGUCAGCAAAUGACACCAGCUCCAAACUUUUAUAUAUUUUUGAAAUGAAGAAAUUUUGAGGUGAGCUGAAUUCUCUUUUGUUCUCUCUUUUUCUGAACUUUAACUUUCAACUAUUGGCCAAAAUUCUAGAACAGCAUAUCCAUGGAGUCAAAAACAGAAGUAAUUCCUGGAAAAUCUAUAAUAGUGCCUAGUGUCCAGGAGCUGACCAAGAAGCCCAUCAUCAACAUCCCAGCUAGGUACGUUCGAGAUGAUCAGGACCCUUUGAUUGGCUCUUAUGACCCAUCACUUCCAUCGGUGCCAGUUAUUGAUGUUGAGAGAUUGGAUGUUGAAGAUUACAUGAAUUCUGAAUUGGAUAGACUCCACUCUGCUUGCAAAGACUGGGGAUUCUUCCAGGUUGUAAACCAUGGAGUUAGUACUUCAUUGCUGGAAGAAAUCCGGACACAGAAUGAGAGUUUUUUCAAGCUUCCAUAUGAAGAAAAGAAGAAGCUAUGGCAGCAGCCAAACCAUCAAGAGGGCUUUGGGCAGCUCUUUGUGGUGUCAGACGAGCAGAAGCUAGACUGGUCAGACAUGUUCUUUAUAACUACGCGACCGCAUAAUAUAAGGAGGGUUGACUUAUUUGACAAGCUUCCACCAAAGUUCAGAGAGACCUUGGAAACGUACUCUAUAGAAGUGAAGAAGCUGGCCAUGACAAUCUUAGGUUAUAUGGCUAAAGCUUUGAAGAUGGAGGCUGAGGAAAUGAGAGAGUUAUUUAAUGAUGGAGUUCAGACAAUGAGAAUGAAUUACUAUCCUCCAUGCCCUGAACCAGAUAAGGCCAUUGGGUUGACUCCUCAUUCCGAUGCUGAUGCUCUAACAGUUGUUUUUCAGCUCAAUGAAACUGAAGGCCUCCAGAUCCGGAAGGAAGGAAAUUGGGUUCCUGUUAAACCUCUUCCAAAUGCUUUUGUAGUCAAUAUUGGUGAUAGCAUGGAGAUUGUGAGCAAUGGCAUAUAUCGAAGCAUUGAGCAUAGAGCAACAGUAAAUUCUACAAAUGAGAGGCUCUCAAUUGCUACAUUUCACAGUUCCAAUCUAGACUCGGAACUGGGUCCUGCUCCUAGCCUUAUUGGCCCUGACAACCCAGCAAAUUUUCGAAGAGUUUCUAUGGAGAAGUACUUCAAGGACCUUUUUGCUCGAAAACUAGAUGGCAAGUCAUAUCUUCACUUCAUGAGAACAGAAAAUGGGGAGGGCAACACCUGCUGAAUGUAUCGCCAAAUUAUGCAGUAGUUGAGUAGCAAAAUGGUGAAACUAAAAUAAAAUGCAGAAAUUUCUGUAAUAUAUUCGUUAACUACGAUCCUAUUUGAAAGACUAGCAAAUAAGGGGCAUUAGAGUUACAA